GGUGCUUUGAGGACUACUCCACCAUGCAGUCCACCAUGAACUUCAAUGGGCUUCAGCGCCAGGGAGGUCAGGAGAUUGUGGAUAACACUCAGAGGAAGAAAGGUUCUCUGUGGUCCCGGCGUUCCCUGAGGGGGAGCAAGGAUCGACUCCGGCAGAACUCAAGCUCACUGCCCCGAGACUGCAAGCCCAAGCGAACCAACUCACUGGUCGACUACUCUGACCCACAAAGGACAACAAUUGUACUGGAAAAGCAAGACAAUGAAACAUUCGGGUUUGAAAUUCAGACCUACGGACUGCAGCUGAAGAACAUCUCUGCAGUGGAGAUGUGCACGUCUGUGAGCAACGUGCAGGAGGACAGUGCGGCAGAGAGCGCAGGCCUGACCGCAGGCGAUGUGAUCGUCACCAUCAACGGGGUCAGCAUCGAAGGGUCGUCUCACCAGGACAUACUUGCUCUGAUAAGAGAAUCAACCAACAGUCUGAAGAUGGAGACUGUCUGUGGGAACGUGGUGAAGCAGAUCGAGCUGGAGAAGAGGGUGAACCUGCUCAAGCAAUCACUACAUGAGAAACGGAUGGAGCUGCAAGCGCUCACAUUACAGGAAAGACGCCUGAUGCGAGGUAACUUGAACGACAGCAGCUUCCACCUCUCCACGGACUCCUCUCUGAGCUCCCCCACAGGCCGAGCACAUGGCCGGCGUUUCUCCAGUGACAGCAGCUACAGGAGCGCUGCCACCGAUGACAGUGACCAGAUCAGCGUGUUUGGGGACAUGUGCUCCCCGAGCCCCUGCAGUGCAGCCAGCAACCCAGACGACAGCUGCUUCUUCUCCAGAGAUUUCCUCUCCAAGGACAGCUCCAGCAGGUUCUCACUGAGCUCCGGCCAUCAGCACCACCAACAUUCCAUCGGCCGCUCCAGCAGCUCCAGUUUCGCCGGCAGCAGCAGCUCCCUCUCGCCCUCGUGGGAUGAGACCAGGAUCACCUCCUUGUUCGGGACCCUGCCCAGGAAGGGCCGGCGAGCCAGUGUUCGCAAACACAUCCUCAAGUUGAUUCCUGGACUCCAGCGAUCCGUUGAGGAGGACGAGACCAACACUCAGUGACUUGUUGUUCACACGCUCCUCGUCUCCUCUACAAACUAACAAGGGUGUUCAUGCUGUGAGACUUUGCAGUGAAGUGUUUACGCACUCAAAGAGGUUCUUUCAAAAUCUCAAGCAUUGGCUUUAAUGGAGACAGACAUUGUGAAGGGUCUCCUGAACUUUAGAGAUGAGCCUGGCACAAAAGCAUUAUGAAACUGUGAAGUGAUUGAAUUAAGGUUUGCAUCAGAUUGUAAUGUCUAAAAAACAAAAUUAUUUACCCAUAUAACUUUAAUAAAUGUAGUUUUUUCUCAUGUCCUAAUCAUGGUUUGUAUACUAGAAAGCAUUCAGCAAUGCACAAUCCUCUACCAAGGCCAACAGUCGACUUUGACUCCAUGAAGCUGCACCAAAUUUCAGAGAGUUCCCUAAAUGUGUGGAUCUUUCUCAUCAUUAAUAUGAGAGAAAUUGAGGAAAUGUUGAAAAACUACUUCUGGAUCUGUCCCCUGAACAGGAUCCGCAUCAAAACCCACCCAGGCUGUUUCCUUCCACCAAGUUGUAUCUUGCUUGCAAACAAACAAACAAACAAACAAACGGACAGGGGUGAAAACAUAACCUCCUUGGUGGAGGUAAAAAUCACCUUGGACUUUAAAAUGUGAAUACUGUGACUUGUAUAAAUGAGAAUGACUCUUUGUACGUGUGCUUGCGUUGACGUCUGCUCGGCUCAAAACAGGAUGUGGGUUUGGGUACAACUUACCUGUUUUCAUUUCUACAACUAUUUUCAUACGCCUCACUUUCGUUGGUCGGAUGAACUGAAACCGCUUCUUGUAAAUGCAUAUGUUUCACAUUUGAGUGUUAAGUAAAUGAUUGAUUCAUUCUGUAGCAUUUUUACACACGACCAUGAUGCAACAAAUUUGUAAAUGCAUCCAAAUACAAUA